AUGCUGCGUUCUCCAAAUGGAGCCCCGCGCGGCAGGGCCGCGCCGCAGCCCCCUGCGGACGCGCGCGCCGCGGAGCGGAGCGGGGCCGGCCGCGGCGCGGUAACCGCCGUCCUGCGCCGCCGCCGCCCCGCGGGGGCUGCCGAGGGGCUCGGGGCGGGCCCAGGCGUCGAACGGGCGAGGCGGCGGCUGUGCGGCCCAGCCGGGGCCCUCGGUGCCUCGUGGCUGAUCGCGGCCCGGUGGUGCCCAGGUUUGCUAGGUCCGUGCGGCAGGGCACAGAAUGACACGUUCCCUGCCCCGAGGAGCUUACAGCCCAAGGCGGAUCCGGCAGCGCGAGGGCGCAGCAGCAGUUCAUUAGGACUUAACUUACUCCGGGACUACAGAGGAGAGAAAGUGACAGCUCCAAAGGCCUCUUGGGAUGGCAGGAUGGGUCUGACAACGCAAGGUGUGAUAGAAUGCCAUGAGGUUACAGCAAGAGAAUUCCAGGAUCCGGUGCCCAGACGAAGGCUGAGCAAAUUGUCUUUACAAUUCAAGGGGAAGGAAUGGGAAGCGUUAAAAAAAGAACCAUGA